CAGGAAUACUAUGAAUGAACUACUGUAACUGCUAACAGGUGACAUCGUAACACCUCCAUGCAGCCGGUACGAGAUGCCACACAUUUACCAUAAAAUGCGACGGUUGAGCUUCUCCCUCCUUCCCCAGAGAACAUGCCACCUUCACCAAGGGAUCUUCACCCGUUACCACCAGAGCACCAUCAUCCCGGGUCGCAGCUCCUGCCAGCAAAGGAGGGUCGUGAGCACAGCCCACAUACAGCACAUACAGGACCUGAGUGGUCCCGAGCAGAGACUGUUAAAUAAACUGUACGAAGGGCUGAUCGGAGGUCAGCGGGCUUCUCUGGCCGAGUCCAUCACUUUGGUGGAGACCCAGCAUCCGAGGAAAAAAGAGCUGGCCCAGGUGCUGCUGCAGAGGGUGCUGGCCUACAGGAAGGAGCAGGAGAGCCGUAAUGGAGGGAAGCCGGUGGCCUUCAGAGUAGGUCUGUCAGGUCCUCCAGGAGCAGGGAAGUCAUCCUUCAUCGAGGUGGUGGGGAAGAUGUUGACAGCACGUGGACAUAAAGUUUCAGUGCUGGCUGUUGACCCGUCCUCCUGCACUACAGGAGGGUCUCUGUUGGGCGAUAAGACUCGUAUGACCGAACUCUCCAGGGACAUGAAUGCUUUUAUCAGACCAUCUCCUGCCUCGGGAACACUUGGUGGAGUCACCAGAACAACUAAUGAGGCCGUUGUUCUUUGUGAGGGUGCGGGAUAUGACAUUGUCCUCGUAGAGACAGUAGGUGUGGGACAGUCAGAGUUUGCAGUGGCUGACAUGGUUGACAUGUUUGUGCUGCUGAUUCCACCAGCAGGGGGCGAUGAACUUCAGGGUAUCAAGAGGGGCAUCAUUGAGAGGGCCGACUUGGUGGUUGUGACGAAGUCGGACGGAGACCUGGUGGUGCCAGCCAGGAGGAUCCAGACUGAAUACACCAGCGCACUCAAGCUGCUCAGGAGACAGUCCAAGUCCUGGAACCCCAAGGUAGUGCGCGCCUCCUCAUAUACCAGUGAGGGCAUCCCAGAGGUCUGGGCCAAGAUGGAGUCGUACCGGGACACCAUGUUAGCCAGUGGUGAAUUGCAGGGCCGGCGGAGGGCCCAGCAGAAGGUUUGGAUGUGGAGUUUGAUCCAGGAGAACGUCCUCCAACAUUUCCAGAAUCACCCCAGUGUCAGAGACUCUCUACCCCACCUUGAGGAGAGGGUCACCAAAGGAGCCAUCUCCCCAGGUCUGGCUGCCGACCUGCUUCUCAAAGCCUUCUCGUCAUCAUAGUAAUCAGUCGGACUGCAUUUUGGAGAACGAUAGACGGCUCAUGGCUGAUCAGGGCCACUCAAAGCCAACAAAAAUCAGGACAGAGUGAGAAUAUGUGACCUUGACUCUGUGGUAUGCACUAAAAGAAGCAGUCUUGCUCUUUUUUACACUUGAUUUGAAAUUUAAAACACCUAAGAUAGAAGUCACCCCUCCACAGAAACUUCAGUUUCUGCAUGCAUUAAUCCAAAUCAGGAGAGAGCUGAGAGUGCUGAUGGUUGUCACUUCUCGCCCACAGCUUCAAGUCACAUCCGUAUUUGGGACAGUGGAUGGCAAAAUGAAACAUUUCAGUUUAACAGUGUUGUGAGGAAUGAAAUGUUACGGUGCCAAUGUUUUUUUAAAGCAGAUCGUGGGAUUGUCUUCUUGAACAGGAACACUACAGACCUCCAUGAAGUGUUUUAGGGUUGUAAAGGACAUGAAGAGUGGUUUGCACAAUACAUUUUACAAGCAAAUGCAAUUAAAAUAUUGACAUAAAUACUGACAUGACAAAUACUGUAUUGGAAGUAGACUCCCUUGCCCACCCUCCUCAAACAGUGAUCAAUAAUACACAUUAUUUAUAACCCAAAAAGAGUUGCAUUAAUAAAAGGAUCAGAUUUAGAGAAAUGGAUUUCUCUCGUUGAACUGGACAUUGUUCUAAUAACAAACACAAACUUCCUUGGAAAAGCAACUGGACUUUCAAAAUGUGUUUUAUUCACUGCUGUUGUUUCUGAGUUGAAUAUUAUAUUAAAAGAAUGAUGUGAAUCUUAACUGGAUAAGUGAAUAACAUUAAAUCUGUCAGUACAGCUGGCCAAGCUUU